ACGAAAAGCAAGAAAAGAAAGAAGACCUGCUGCAACAUGGUGCUGACCUGAUGGGUUGAGAUCGUUCAACUUGAAAAGACUGAAAACUAGUACAAAGGAGCCAGGCACACUCAACUGCAGCUAAUGCAUCAGAAUCCCAUUUUGGAAGAAUCAAUAUUCAAAGAGGCAUGUUUAACCACCUCACCUCAGCAUCAAAUCACUAAUAAUCUUUAUUCCCUUUAAUAUCUUCCAAAGGUUUAGUGCUAAGUUGUGCCUGUGUACAACAAUGGCUAGCAAGGAAGUCCAUCCAACUUUCUUGCUUAUAAUUAUCAUGUCAUCAUUGUGGGGUUCAUCAGCAGACUUAUUAGACACGCUAAAGCAGGGCGAUGUUCUUAAUUCCUCACAGUACCUCAUUUCUGCCAAUCGGAAGUUCACCUAGGGAUACUUCAAGCCUACUUCUCAGUACAAAAACAACAGUUACUUUGCCAUUUGGUACACAAAUGUUACGGACAACACGGUGUGGAUCGGAAACCGAGACAGACCUAUUUCAAAUGAUUCAACAGCGUUUCUUACCCUUGACCAACUGGGAAAGUUGAUGAUCAAUUCCAGCGGAUUUGGAGGUGAUCCUUUUGUAAUAUAUUCUGGUGGUCAAACUGAAAACACAAUUAGUGCUACUCUACUAGAUACAGGAAACUUAGUAGUACGAGAAGUGAACUCCAAUGGCUCUCUAUUGGAAGGUGGUUGUGGGAAAGCUUUGAUCAUCCCACUGACACACUCCUGCCUGGGAUGAAAUUAGGUGUCAAUCACAAAACUGGGCGUAAUUGGUCUCUUACUUCAUGGUUGGCAUCAGAUGAUCCAGCAUCAGGAGCCUUCACACUUGAGUGGGAACCCAAGACAAGCCGAUUGAUUAUCAAGCUGCGAGGGGUGCCUUAUUGGAGCAGUGGUCUGAUUGUGAAAUGGAAUAAUGUGUUAUGGUUUGAUCAUAUGGACUCCAGUAGAACUCAAUAUUACAUUUUCAAUAAUGUUACAGAUGCGGAUGGGGAGUACUUCACUUAUUCCAUUGACGCUAAAUAUGAAACAGUUCUAUAUCCGCAGGGCGGAGGAAGAUCGACAUGGCAGUUAACUUACUGGGGCCCAAUAAUGGAUAGAAGUGUAGGAAUUAUGAACUUUGGUUAUUGUUAUGGUUACGGUAUGGAAGAUGAAGGAUGCGAGAGAUGGAAUCAACCAAAGUGCAGGAGUCACAAACAAAAUUUUCAAUUGAGCUCCGGAGGCUUUGUAAAUUCUCAGGGAGACGGUGUUUCCGAUAUGCGUGCUGAUGACGACACUGCAAAUCUUAGUCCUAGCGAUUGCAGAGCAUAUUGCUGGAAUGACUGUGAUUGUUUGGCCUAUGGUGAUGAUGCCUUUGGACCUGGAUGCCAUAUUUGGAAAGGAAAAUUACAGUUUGUACAAGAUAACAGUGGGAGGUCACCUCGUCAAUAUGUUAUAUUUACAGAGCCAAAAAAAAGAAAGAAAUGGAUUGCACCAGUUAUCGCAACUGCUAUACUUGUGCUUAUCUUCAGCGCCUUCUACUGUUUAUGGAGGAUAUAUCGACUGCGAGGCGAUGUUAAAAGAAGGGAGGAAAAGCACCUACUUGAACUCACAACACCGGAUAGAUUAUUAGAUGCAAAUGAGCUUGAAAAUGACGGAAAUACAGGAAAUAACAUAAAAGUGUUCAGCUUUGCAAGUAUCGCAGCAGCUACAAAUAACUUUGCACCUGGAAGUAAGCUUGGAGAAGGUGGUUUUGGACCAGUAUAUAAGGGAGUAUCACUUGAGGGGCGAGAAAUAGCAAUAAAACGAUUAUCAAGAAAUUCAGGACAAGGAUUAGUGGAGUUCAAAAAUGAGCUAAUACUUAUAGCAAAACUCCAACACACGAAUCUUGUCAAACUCUUAGGGUGCUGCUUUCAAGGAGAGGAGAAGAUGUUGAUCUAUGAGUACAUGCCCAACAAAAGUUUGGAUUCCUUUCUCUUUGAUCCAACUAAAAAUGCUCAAUUGGAUUGGAAAAACCGAGUCAACAUCAUUGAAGGGAUUGCCCAAGGAUCACUUUACCUUCAUAGAUUCUCAAGGUUAAAAGUAAUACAUAGAGAUUUGAAAGCUAGUAACAUUUUGCUAGACGAAAACAUGUGCGCAAAAAUAUCUGAUUUUGGUAUGGCAAGAAUUUUCAAGCGUAAUGGGAAGGAAGCAAAUACUAAUAGAAUCGUCGGAACAUAUGGUUACAUGUCCCCUGAGUAUGCAAUGGAAGGCAUUUUCUCCGAAAAAUCUGAUGUCUUUAGUUUUGGUGUUCUAAUGCUUGAAAUUGUGAGUGGAAGGAAGAACAACAGCUUCUAUCAUGUCAACGGCCCACUGAACCUUGUAGGAUAUGCAUGGGAGUUGUGGCAAAGAGAUGCUGGGCAAGACCUAAUGGAUCCAACUUUAAAAGAUUCAUGUCCUACGCAUCAAUUGCUGAGAUUCAUUUGUGUGGGUCUCUCAUGUUUAGAAGAUAGUGCGGCAGACAGACCUACAAUUCUAGAAGUUAUUUCUAUGCUUAAAAAUGAAAUUGUGCCACUUCCUAUUCUAAAAAAACCAGCAUUUUUCACGGGAAGCAAUGUCAUUAAUGAAGAUUUACUGGAAAAAGGGUCAGAAAACUAUACAGUAAAUAGCUUGUCCAUUUCUAGAAUGGAUGCAAGAUAG